UUAAGUAUUUCGAACAUUCGUAGCGAUUUUCCCGCCCUGAAACAAAUCCAUCUCGAGGGCAAUGAUUUCAAGUGCUCUCUUCUGCAACCGCUGCUGGAUCAUUUAAAGAAGAACAACGUCGAGGCGGUCGAGCCGUCGGAGCCGGAAGCGUGCAAACUGGAAUAUCGCUCGAUCGCAAACAUGUGCUGCCAGGCUGACAGUCUGGGUUUGCCUAUGCCCGCAGUUCCACCGAAAAUCACUGAAGCACCGGCGACGGUUCCUACAACGAGACCAUCGGUGGGCACUAGUGGUGGGACGAAAGCUUUCGACACUGAGCCGGAAAGGGACGGAAGUGGGUCCAACAACGCACUCCUCAUUGGCCUCAUUGUUGGUGCAAUGGUUGUGAUCACCGCAGUGCUAGCUGGGGUCGUAAUAUAUAUGAAAAGAAAAUCUCAGGGCAUGAACGUAGUGCCGCCGAACGAUCCGACGGAAAACAUUGAAAUAUAGCACAUAGUUCAAAAAGUCCCGGGACUAACAAUGAAAACUCUUAAAAGUUUACUUGACGAGUGGUGUUAGCCGACUGACGCAAGACAGCGGUUCCCAAGGAGCACUAUGUCCGUUUUACCGUCCGUUUUACCGUCCGACGGACGUCCGUCGGACGUCCGUUUCACCGUCCGUCGGACGCCCUAAAACAGCAGAAACGGACGGUAUAACGGACGAUUGUCAAAAAAGCUCAGUUUAUGGAAAGGGUAUUUUAUCUUGCUAUAAAGCUUUGUUGAAAAUUAUAGCGCAUGCAAAAUAUUAAAAAAAUUAAAUAUUAAAAAUUACGCAGAAUGUUUGGCAAACACACA